CCGCUCAGUCCGAACUCGGGGUUCACUCAGUCUACGAACGUUUGCCACGAGACUUCGAUCUCUACCGCAUCGCACACGCUAUCCCCGUCUCUCUCUUUCUGUCCACCCGCCUGUAUCUUUUCUCUCCACCUUUUUUCCUUUUCCCCGCUCGGCAGUCAAAGAGGCCCAGCGGCGACUGGGGAGACGCGUGUAGUAAUCGUACGACGGUCCACGUCCACGGGAGUCUCGCCGUAGUACACCUCGUGCUUUCGGUUACUUCGGCCCAUAUAUAGCUGCCGUGCAACCCCCGUUCGUCCGCUUCGACCGGUUGCGGAUCUACCUGCGGCGCAGCGAGGUUUCCUGUGAUUUCGAUAGAGGUGCGAUAACCACAAAGCACCAAGAUGGCUGCAUUCGUGGCGAAGCAGAUGGUCGGGAAUAAGCUCAAUGCGGUUAAAGGAGCGGUAGGUGGUGAAGGUGGUGAUGAGGAUGACAAGGAGAAGGAGGAAGAGGCUGAGAGAGAGAGGCAGGAAGCAAUUAGAGAAGCUGAGGAACGAAGAAAGGAGAAGCACCGCAAAAUGGAGGAGGAACGAGAGAAGAUGCGACAGGAGAUCAGAGACAAGUAUAACAUAAAAAAACGAGAGGAAGUGCAAGAGAUGCCACAGGAAGAGCCUAAUCCUCUAAUGCGAAAGAAGAAAACGCCAGAGGAAUUGGCGGCCGAAGCUGAGGCUGAGGAUGAAGAUGAGUUCACCAAAUUGAAGAACACGAUAGAAACGCAGAUGAACGAACUCAAGACGCAACUCGAAAGUAAGUGCAGCCUCCAAUGAGCCCAUCACAUCGCGCGGUUCGCGAGAAAGAUGGCGACGACGCCGUACAUCGUCGUUAAAAUCGCGUCCGCCUUUCGUCCCCUGCUGCCCAAAGGAAUACAGAAGGAAGAGAUAGCGAAAGAGAUAACGAAGCUGCGAGAAAAACGAGGGAAGAACGAUACGAGGAGUAGCUAUCAGCAUCGGGACGCCCUCAUCGCGUCGAUCAAUCGGAGAUCGGUUCCAGAUCUAACGAUCGAUUGGUCGAUCGUUGCUUGAAACAAAGUGAGCGACGAGAACAAUCCGGAAGAUUUCCUGAGGAUUUCCGAGGGAUUUCUAAAGGAUUUUUCAUUGCCGUCACGCUUGGAUGCAACUUCGGAAAUCGGAAGUGAUCCUGUCGAGGAUUCUGUCCUGAAGAUUGAAGUUAGAGAUGAUAAAGAAGAGGAAUUAUUUCUUUUUUAAUUUCUGUCCGUAGAGAAGUGGAUCCAAAAGAAGAAUUCGGCAAACUCAAUAAGAAAGACAUGAAUCUUAUUUGCAAAAUUUGGAAACAGAUAUAUAAGUAAUAUCCUGGCAAAAUUAAUGGAAUUAACGGAAGCAAACUAUAAUUAAAUUUCCAUGACAAGCAGAAAAAUAUCAAAACAAAUGGAAAUGGAAUAAUUAUCAGAAAGAUGAAAGGACUGGAAGUAGAAGAAAAUUGCUAAGGAAAUAUGAAGAUCAAUUCUUUCGAUUCCAAAGAUGAGCAACUAUAAUAGAAAUUCUAAUGCAGAAUCCGUAAACUUAAAUGGAUAUAAACAAGAUUCUCGACGGAUAUCCCGAUUCCGCCGCAUAGUGCAACGAAGAGAUGCAGGCAUUGACAUUGAGGAAAGAUGAAGUCGAAGAUCACUAGAAGAAUUAACACGAUCGAUGAUCGCCACCUCGGAAAAGCGUGAGAUACGCAAAAUCAACACACGAAUCGGCAUGUUUCACGGAAGAGCAGAGAGCAGAAGAUUGCAUAACCCAAUAUUGUGAGAAGGAAUUGGAAAUCUAGAAAAACCUAAUUUCAUUCAAUUCGAAAGCAAACCGUGUGGAAAAAAGAAGAUUUCCAGAAGAGCGAGAGGAGAGAUGAUUGAGAUAUUGUCGAUCGUCGGUAGUGUUCGUGAUGAUGGGUAAAUUCAGGGGUGAAAAUGAUGCUAACGAAGGAAGAGAGAGAGAGAGAAAACGAGAGAGGAAGAGAUGCUGACUCGACCAGAAUGUGAUUUUUUUAUGUAAUUGUUGCAGUUAAAACAAAGUGCGAAGUGACGUUGUUUUAUAUAGGAUAAUUAGGUGUUCUGUAGAAUGUGUUUAGGCAUAGUAUAGUUUAUAACCGAUUCAUUAUCCGGGAUAGCCAGUGAAGUAUCCUAAGUGUGGAUGCCGGUACUGAGUUAUUUUCUAUCUAUAGUUCGCGUCUAGCUAUUCUACAGUUACGGAGAAUUUUUGGCGCAAUUUGGUGGUGAAAGUCAACUUUUGAUUAUCGUGGGAGCUAAUGAUUCACCGUUUGAAAUCAUAUCAAUAUUAACGAUUGGUUUAUCUAGGUAUUUUAUAGAAUACUCAGUUAUUCUAUUUUUAGUCUUCGAGAUCGAUAUUACGAUUGUCGUAUGCAACGGAUGUUUCAAACGUGUCAAUUGAAUCUCGGACAAGGAUUAUGCACUGCAGCGAAAUAAUUUCUCGGGGCAAGAUAAUCUAUGAAGUAUGCUUGAAAGUUGUUUAGGAAGCCUCCUGAGUUUGAAGCCAUCUCUUGUCCAACAACUAAUAACAUUUUGCGCAAAUGUCUUUGAGAAAUUGUUAUAUGGGAACCGUAAUAUCAUCUUUGAAGUCUUACUGCAGUUGUUAUACAACCAGUUAGUCAGAUGUGCUUAUAUUAGCCGUCAAACGGGAAACUUUGGAGAGACAGUUGAAUGCUUGAACACGGAUCUCAAAACUUUCCUGUUAGAUGGCCAAUUACAGCUUCGAUUAGGCCGGUCAUACGAAAAUUGUAUUAGCUCGAAUUGCUGUUGCACAUGCAAUCUGGAUUACUAAUCUCUGAAUUAACUGCUGACUCCUUCUCCGUCGUAUUUAUAAAUUCUUGUUUAGAUAGCACUUGUUACGACUUUUUACUGUGGAACCAUGGACUGCUAGUUACAUACAUGAGCUGCUUCUAUAAAUGUAAAAAGACCAAAUUCGAUGUUGCGCACAAUGGUUGCAGCUCGAACGAACAGUGAUCUCAAAUACAAGCAAUGACAGAAUCUAUAUAGGAUUGACGAAGAUAACUGCGACAAUAGGUCCAAGAUGAAAACGGAAAUAUCUCUGUAAAUAAAACUAUAUCCUUCAAGAUGAAAUUCUUGAUCGCGCGUUACUUCUUAACUGGAUUAGAAAUUUACUAGUAUGUACUAGCAGUCAAUGUUUUAUGAUGAAAAGUUAGGCCCUUCUUAGAAUCCAAAAUCUAAUUACGUUGCAGCGUCAUCUGGUCGCGCAGCAUACGGCUCUCGAAGCGGAUAUAUGUGUAUUUGCAAAUAUCACGUGCUCGAAAAUGCAAGGCGCAGGGCAGAAGUUUAUAGCGCCUCUCGCUCUUAAUGAAUCUUAGUAUAUUAUAUACUAAAUGUAGAUAUAUAUAAAUAAGAAAAGACGAAAGAAGCAAAAAAAGAAACAUACGUUAGUACGUUAAGUUUUUAAAAAGGAUAUUUCGGAUAGUGGAAAAAUAAUAAGAGGUAGUUGAGUUAUAUAGUUGAUAGAGAUUUGUUCGACUGUUUCGAUAUAUUAAGGGGGAGGGUGGUGAUAAAGGAAGAGAUAUUAUUGCUAUUAUUAGUAUUUAGUCAAAUCUGAAUUUCUAAAUCUAUUCUGGUAUGAUUUCUUUUAAAAGGGAUGGAUUUCUGAAUUUAUCAGAGGGCAAUAAUUUUAAGAAUGCCCUGUGUCAAUAAUAUACACAUGCGAAAUACACGUGAAAUUUGUAUGAGGUGAAAAACUGGGAGCAGAUAUAAAAAGCGAGAGGGAAAAAAGACGUUUAAUAUAUUAUAGAGCCAUUUUUGUACGGGAGACGGAGAAACACAAAAUGUAUUUUCUUAUUUUGGACAAAGUAAUUAAAUUCUGACGCGUCGUAGCGUUUCCUUAAUCCUCAAGCAUGGCAGGGUAAUGAUAUAAUGAAUUAGUCAUGCGUUCGAUUCGUAAACGAUAAAUAACAAAUUGAUAAUAAAGUGGUAAGUUUGUUUUACUGUUUACUACUGAUAGAGUGAAGUCAAAGUCUAAUUAUUAAAAUAUCCCAUUUAUCCAUUUUUUUCAUUAAUUUCUUCUCUUUUACUCUAUUUUUCCACUUUACUUAAGUUCGACAAUUGAAUUUCAUGGUAGAUUUAUUUUAUUACAUUAUUUUAUUAUAUCUUCAUGAUAUAACUUCAAAUUAAGUGAAAAUAGAUUAUGUUAUCUAAUUAUCUAGUUAACUUUCUAAUAAGUUAAAUUUGAUAAAGUUUUAAAAAGACUGAAGCUUGAAAACGAAAUUAUAACACUUGAAAACAAAUUACAAGAAAAAUAAUUGCAGCGUAAUUAGACAUCACUCUAUCAGUUUAUCGUUAAAAAAAUCGUUAUACCAUUCUAAAAAUAUGGUCAUUAAAUCUGUGUCUAUUUUUCUGUGUCUUUCUCUUACACUUUUGAACUAUCUUCUAUCUUCAUUCUAUUUUGCUAUCAAUGUUUCUGCCAGCAAUUUCAACGUUUUCCCUUUUAUUAUUAAACAAAUCUCAGACUUGAAAAUUCUUGAAUUUUUCAAUCUUUUGGGGAGUGUUGGAUCUCUCAUUAUUCAUGAUCUCUUAAAUCUAGAAGCCCAGGAAUAUUUCACACAAUGCAAAACUCUAGCAAUUAAUAAUUUUUUCUUUUCUGCUUUUGUAAAUGUUUCAAAUUGCUAGCCGCACAAUUUGCAAUCACAAGAGCGGUUGGUAGCCAUGCAGGAGGCAGCAUCCGAAUCUAUUUGGACCCAAGUUAAGAGAUUUCUGAACCUUUUUCCAUUUAUAUAAAAAUCAACUUUUAUUAUUAAACUUUAAUACUUAUUAUUGUAUUUAAACAUACACACAUAGCAAUCUUUUUUCUGAGAAA